CGGCGCGGGGCGGGCGCUGUGGCGCUGUCCCCGCUGUCCCCGCGGGGCCCGGCCGGACAUGGCCCCGCGCGGCCGCCCCGCCGCCGCCGCCAUGCCCCGCAGGGGCGCCCGCAAACGCCUCAAGUUUCGCGCCGACGACGUGUGCUCCGAGCGAGUGACGGUGGCAGAUUAUGCCAACUCAGACCCAGCUGUCGUGAAGUCUGGGCGGGUGAAGAAGGCUGUGGCCAACGCAGUGCAGCAGGAAGUAAAAUCCCUGUGUGGUUUGGAAGCUUCCUGUGUCCCUACUGAGGAAGUUCUCUCCGUGUCAGGAGAGUCCUGUGACAGCAGUGAUGAGAUGGAUACCAAGGAGAGCAUCAACGGGAGGGCUGCAAGGAAAAAGAAGAGCAAAAGGCACAAAGAUGCCGAGGGGAGAGGAAGGAUAUCCAUCGACUGGCUGCUCCUGGCUUCCUACAUCCGCCCUGAGGACAUCGUCCGGUUCUCUCUGAUCUGCAAGAAAGCCUGGACUGUCACUUGCACUGCUGCCUUUUGGACCAGGCUCUACAGAAGGCACUACAGCCUGGACGCGUACCUGCCCCUGCGCCUGCGGCCCGAGUCCAUGGAGAAGCUGCACUGCCUGCGCGCCUGCGUCAUCCGCUCCCUGUUCCACAUGUACGAGCCCUUCGCCGCCCGCCUCUCCAGGAACCCCGCCAUCCCAGACAGUACUCCCAGCACUUUAAAGAAUUCCAGAUGUCUGCUUUUCUGGUGCAAAAAGAUUGUAGGGAACAGACAAGAAGCAAUGUGGGAAUUCAACUUCAAGUUCAAAAAGCAGUCUCCCAGAUUGAAGAGCAAGUGUUGCAAAGGUCUCCAGCCCCCAAUCCAGUAUGAGGAAGUGCACACAAACCCAGAUCAGGAUUGCUGCCUGCUGCAGAUCACCACCUUCAACUUCAUCUUCGUGCCAAUCGUCAUGGGCAUGACCUUCACCUUGUUCUCCAUCUCGGUGAGCACGGACAUGCGGCACCACCGCGUGCGCCUGGUGUUCCAGGACGCGCCCGUGCGCAACGGGAAGAAGCCGCGCAUGGAGCAGGGGGUGCAGGUGGUGCUGGACCCUGUGCACAGUGUCAGGCUCCUGGACUGGUGGCACCCACAGUACCCCUUCUCCCCAAAGGCUUAGUG